AUGGACACAGACACAGGCAUGCACCACAACAACAACCAACACAACAACCAACAGUUCAAAAUCCAGCACCACAACAACAACCAACACAACAACCAACAGUUCAAAAUCCAGCACCACAACAACAACCAACACAACAACCAACAGUUCAAAAUCCAGCACAGCAACCAACAGUUCAAAAUCCAGCACAGCAACCAACACAACAACAACCACAAACAGAGCAAGGACAUAAAAGAAGUAGAGAACAAGGAAACCAAGAAUUCUUAA